AUGAAGCACGCUAAUACGAUGUAUCUACGUGUUGAGAUGGCGAAGCAAUCCGCGGGACAAGCGGACCCGGACUUUGAUGAGAGCCUUAGCGGUGACGUGGCAGAAGCUCAAGAUCUGACCGCCACUCAUCCCUCCUCUCCCGCGCGUUCCGCCGUCCCAUCCGCUGCUGCCGCCAACGCUUCUCCCGCUGCUGCGGGCAACGGAACCGACGCAUCCGCUCCGGCCAAUCCCGGCACCGCUGCUGCUGCAGCCGCCGCGUCCGCCGCUUUUCGCGCGGCAGCGGCAGCGGGAGCGUCGGGGCGACCCACUCCCGAGGAGCUGGGGAUGCAUUUGCGAAUGCUUGGCGACAUGAACCUUGGUUCGGAUCGCAGCGUGGGCGACGUCGUCGCGUCAGUGCUGCAGCAGCUGAACCACGGGAUGAACAAUCAUCACGGGAUGAAUAAUCACCACGGCAUGAAUCACCCCGGAAUGAGCCACCACGGAAUGAUGCCGUUUCCGCCCGGGAUGUUCCCAAUGCCGCCGCCCGGAGUCCUUCCCCCGCACGGCGUCUUCCGCCCCCCGGGCUCCGCGCACCCGCCGCUUCCGCCGCUCGGAUCCGCCCCCGGGCCUUCGGACGCGGACGGGAUGAGCAGCUCCGGCGGAGGAGGUUCGGCGGCGCCCGGAGCCCCUGGUUCGGCGGCGGCAGGAGCGGGAGGCGCGGGGGUUCCAGGUCCCCCUGUGCUUCCGCCGAUGUGGAUGUCUCCGCACGGGCUCGCGUUCUGGCCGCGCCCGGGGGGAAAUAACGCCAUGCAUCAUCCCCCCCCGAUGGGGGGAAGCAUGGGCGGGAGGGGUAGCACAGGGGGGAUGGGGUCCCCCGCGCCCCCUCCGCCUGUGCCGUCCGCGGAAGGCAAGGAGGGAGGACGUGGCGGAGCGAGCGCAUGGAUGUCCGCGGGAGGGGGCGGAACGGCGGGAGGGGGCGCGGGGCAGCAUCAGGGCUUUGAGGCGCCGCAGAAAUCGCAUCUGGGGGUUGAAGGGGGGGCGCAGAAACAGCUUCCGCCAACCGAGGGCGCGCAGAAGGUGCAUGCGCCGCCGCAGCACGCGGGGCAGCACGGGCAGCACCCGGGGCAGCACCCGGGGCAGCGGAAAGGGGGCGCGGGGAACCACCCGCACGCGGAAGGGCGGGGGCCGCGCAUGCCGUCAUCGAAGCCGUCAGCGCCGGAGAUGCCGAUGGACGGGUGGGAGUGGCGCAAGUACGGUCAGAAGGUCACCCUCGGCCAGACCUACCCCAGGAGCUACUUCCGCUGUGCACACAAGACCACGGGGUCUCAUCCCUGCCCCGCCAAGAAGUGGGCGGAGAGGUGCAACGACAACCCCUUCAACUGGCGCAUCAAGUACGUGGGCGAGCACAACCACUCCAAGCCGCCCCCCCGCCCCGUCACCAUCACCAUCAUUCAUGACGGCCCUGUGGAUGGAACUGCCGCUGCUGCUCUCCCCGCUCCUCCCCCUGCUUCUGCUGCUGCUGCUGCUGCUGCUGGUGGUGGUGCCGUCGCUGCUGGUGCUGCCGGUGCCACCGGUGCCGGUGGUGCCGGUGGUGGUGGUGGUGGUGGUGCCGGUGCUGGUGCUGGUGCUCUUGCUGCUCCCUCGCCGCUGUCUCUUCUCGCCCCGGCUGCACCGCCUUCCCUGGCUCUUCCCGCUCCCCACUCUACUGCUGCUGCGGGUUCUGCUGCUGCUGUAGCUGCGCCCGCUGCUCCCGAGACGCAGCAGUCACGGGCAGGAGAGAGGAGUGAGCAGCAAGAAGUGUGCCUGGGGCUUGCCGUGUCUUCUGAUGGGCUGACCACAAGCAAGCAGCAGCAGCAGAAGCAGUCAGAGGGAGGGGGAGGUGGUGGUGAUUGUGGUGCCACGUUAGCAACAGUCCAGGCUGAUCCCGCAGGUCAUCAAGCGGAUAGGGUGGAUGGCGUGGAUGGUUCAAAGGCCGCAAGCCUGUGGACCGGAGCAGAUAAACCAGCAGCAGCAGGAGGAGGAGGAGGGGGAGGAGGAGGAGGAGGAGGAGGAGGAGGAGGAGGAGGAGGAGGAGGAGGAGGAGGAGGAGGAGGAGGAGGAGGAGGAGGAGGAGGAGGAGGAGGAGGAGGAGGAGGAGGAGGAGGAGGAGGAGGAGGAGGAGGAGGAGGAGGAGGAGGAGGAGGAGGAGGAGGAGGAGGAGGAGGAGGAGGAGGAGGAGGAGGAGGAGGAGGAGGAGGAGAUAACAGUGCAGAAGCAGACAUGAAGCGAGAGGAGGGAGCUGACACCAACCGCACCAAGGAAGAAAGUAUCAGGAACGGGGAUGGGAACGGGAAUGGGGCUGAAAAUGGGAGUGGGAAUGUGGGUGGGGUUGAGAGCACAGGAGAGGAGGAGUUGGAGAGCCAACCAAGCAUUGACAUCAAGCCGCGGGACGCACAAUCUAAUCCCAGUGCAUGGGCCUCUGCCAAUGACGCCUCUGGGAUGGGCUCCUCUGCAGGCGCCUCUGGGAACUCCAGUAAUCCUUUUCCCGGGUAUACCGGCCCGCUCCCGUCUGCUCUCAUGCAAGGUCCCCUCCCCACGCCCAUGUGGAUGUCCUCCCUCCCUCGGGAUUCGCCUCGGAUUCUGAUUGGCCCGGGCGGCGCCAGGUGGCCGAUGGGGAGGGAUUCGCCAGGUCAGAUGCAGUCGCCGUUUAACAUGCUGUCGCCGCUGAAUACCGCCCGGGUUUUUUCUGACGUGGCGCAGGCGCCGCUGCCGUCGCCUAUUGACUUGCCGGAGAUCAAAGGAGAGUAA